GCGUGUGGGUGCCGUGGUGAUGUCAUCGCGCUCCCGCCACCUGAACCCGGAAGUGCGUCUUCCGUCCGCGGGCGUGCGGGGUUGGCGGCUGUGGUGAUACCGGGCUGAGCCGAGCCGGCGGCGGGGAGAUGGCGGCGGCCGCGGAGCUGCAGGGGAAGUACCAGAAGCUGGCUCAGGAGUACUCCAAGCUUCGAGCUCAGAACCAAGUACUGAAAAAAGGGGUUGUAGAUGAGCAAGCAAAUUCUGCCUCUCUGAAGGAGCAACUGAAGAUGAAGGAUCAGUCACUGAGAAAACUGCAACAAGAAAUGGACAGCUUGACCUUUCGAAAUCAGCAACUUGCUAAGCGGGUGGAGUUACUUCAAGACGAACUUGCAUUGAGUGAAGCUAGGGGCAAGAAAAACAAGAAAAGUGCAGAAUCCUCAUCUCAGUUGAGUCAAGAGCAGAAAAGUGUCUUCAAUGAAGAUCUUCAGAAGAAGAUAGAAGAGAAUGAACGACUACAUAUACUUUUCUUUGAAGCAGAUGAACAGCAUAAACGUUUAGAAGCAGAGCUGAGAACUAGACUUGAAGUUCUGGAAACUGAUGCUGCCCAGCAUCAAACUGUGGUGGACAGUUUAACGAGGAAAUACACAGAUACUAUAGAAAAGCUGCAGAAUGAUAAAACCAAAUUAGAAAUCAAGUCUCAGACACUAGAAAGAGAAGCUAAGGACUGUAGGCUUCGAACCGAAGAAUGCCAGCAACAGUUAAAGAAUCUUCAAGCAGCUUUGGGCAGUAGACUGGAAGAAUCUCUGUGCAUAAUCAAUGAAAAAGUCCCUUUUAAUGACACAAGAUCUAGCAGAUACAAUGCUCUGAAUGUACCUUUACACAACAGAAGAUACCAGCUUAAGUUGCGAGACCUUGCUGGCCAGGCACUAGCUUUUGUUCAAGAACUUGUAACAGCUCUUCUGAACUUCCAUACGUACACUGAACAGAAGGUCCAGAUCUUUCCCAUUGAUUCUGCAACAGACACUAUAUCACCGUUAAAUCAGAAGUUCUCACAGUAUCUUCAUGAAAAUGCUUCCUAUGUUCGCCCUCUGGAGGAAGGAAUGCACCACUUGUUUGAGAGCAUUACAGAAGAUACCGUGACCGUCCUGGAAACAGCUGUGAAAUUGAAGGGCUUCUCAGAACACUUAGCUUCCUACCUAGGCUUUUUGAGAAAGAUUCUUCCUUAUCAAUUGAAAAGUUUGGAAGAAGAGUGUGAGUCUUCUCUUUGCACAGCUGCUUUAAGAGCCAGAAAUAUGGAGCUACACAGAGACAUGAAAAGGUUGACUGCAGUCUUUGAGAAGCUACAUACAUACGUUAGUCUUCUUGUGUUACCAAGUACAAAACCAGAAGGACUUCUUAGGACAAAUUACAACUUGGUGUUUACAAACAUUGCUGCAAGUCUUCAUGGAUUUCAUGACAUUUUAAAAGAUAUUUCCAAGCACUACAGUCAGAAAGCUACUUUAGAACAAGAUGUUCCAACUGCCACACAGAAACUCAUAACUACAAAUGACUGUAUUUUAUCCUCUGUUGCUGCUUUAACAAAUGGAGCAGGCAAGAUUGCCUCGUUCUUCAGCAACAACUUGGAUCACUUCACUGCUUCACUGAGCUAUGGCCCUAAAGGAGGAACAGAGUUCAUCAGCCCUCUUUCAGCUGAGUGUAUGCUGCAGUACAAGAAAAAGGCGGUUGCUUACAUGAAGUCUUUGAAGAAGCCUUGUGCAGCUUCAGUGCCUUAUGAAGAGGCUUUAGCCAAUCGCAGAGUUCUUCUGAGUUCUACAGAAAGCAGAGAAGGUCUUGCACAACAGGUCCAGCAGAGUUUGGAGAAAAUUGCAAGACUUGAACAAGAAAAAGAACACUGGAUGUUAGAGGCCCAGCUAGCUAAAAUAAAGCUAGAGAAAGAAAAUCAAAAACUGAAGAACUCUCUUAGUGGACAUUUAACUGAAACUAUACAAGAGCAUUCUGUUUUGCCAAAUGCAGCUGAACAAAAGAAGGAAACCACAGAAAAGAGUCUGAGGGAACCUAUUAGGAGUACUAGUCUGAUUGGAAUGUUGACUAUAACUACUGAUAAUGAAAAGACUCCAGAUGUUGAGUCUCGUGAAGAUCUGAUAAAAACCCACUAUAUGGCAAGGAUAGCAGAACUUACUUCUCAUCUGCAGCUUGCUGACAGCAAGUCGGUACACUUUCAUGCUGAGUGUCGAGCACUUGCCAAAAGGUUGUCUUUAGCAGAGAAGUCCAAGGAAUCGCUCACAGAAGAGUUGAAGCUAGCUAGUCAAAACAUCAGUAGGUUACAGGAUGAAUUGAUGACAACAAAGAGAAGCUAUGAGGAUCAGUUAAGUAUGAUGAGUGACCAUCUCUGCAGUAUGAAUGAAACCUUAACUAAACAAAGGGAAGAGAUUGAUACACUAAAGAUGACUAGUAAGGUAAGUUGCCAGGUGGCAAUUUGGCUAAAGUUUGGAGUUCUGUGGGUGGCAUUCGACAUUCCUGCAGCACUAACCUUUAACAAACUGAUUCCCAAGUUGUAGUUCUUAUUCUCAGCCAAUUGGAAAGAAAACUCCAAACCUGUGAACUUAAAUGCCCGCUUAAGUUCUUUUCCAAGCAGGGAGUCUACCCAUUUAUCAGAAGCAAGUUUUUGACUUAUCUUAGUGUUAAUGAUGAAAAACACCUAUGUCUGCUGUUUUGAGCAGUCAGUGAUUAAUCCAUGUUAUAUCUUUAUUCUCACAGUUCUAGGGAGAUGUCUAGGCAGAUGUGAAGGCCUCUAUUCUUCCCUCAUCUGGCUGUGAAACUAAUAAACUAACGUUAUUCUCCUUAACUGUGGAAUGUAUGGAAGCAGGUUUCACUGAAGGGUUAAAAAUAAAGUAAAAAUCCAUGUUUUGAUUAAAGAUCCUGUGAUGGGGAUUUUAAUUUUUUUAGGGUAAACCCUUCCCCCCAUUUAUAAAACUUUUCCUUCAGUUAUCUGAGUGGCUUGACUUGGCAUCAUAAUCUUUAAAACUACAUUUUGUUGUCCAAGCUCUUGUGUUUUUAGAGAGAAGCUCUUGGCUGCAUACUGACCAUAGCACUUCAUGUUUUUAUAAGAUGUUUUCUGGAAUUUUUCACUUGUCAUACUUUUAAGACUUGAAGUGGUACUCUCUCUGUAAGGAGGGAGUUCAGAAUCUCACAACAGUACAUUCAGGUUUUCAAAUGCAGAAGGCGAUUGGGUUGAAACCAAAACGGUGCAGUUCAAGCCAUUAUCACUUGGAGGGGGUUGCUGGUUAGUUUAAAAACAAGUGUUAUCUUCAGGAAAUAGGAAGACAAGAGAAUUGCCAGCAAGUAACUAUUGUACAAAAGUUUAUUUUAAGCUACACAUUUGCUUUGUGGAAUUGUUGCAAAUCAAAUGUGAGUUGGUUAGUUGUAGAACAAAUUCAUUUCUCAAGUAGGAAUAGUUUGUAUAGGCCAAGUUAAAUUUGUUUUGGAACAAAAGGAUAGGGUGGGGGAUUAAUUUUAAUUUGAGGCAAUUAUCCUAUGAGGUUUAUAUUUGACAUGGCACUUACGUGAAUUAUGAUUUAACUUACCUUCAUGGCCCUUGAAGUAUUAGUGAUGUUGAUGCAAUUCAGUGUCGUGGGAUGUAACUCAGAUGUCUUCUUUUCUACAGAUUUCAGUUAAAGUAAGGUACUGUUGUGCUUAUUUGAAGUAUCUGGUACUUUCCUGUCAUGCUUGUAAAGAUAAGAGGGAUUUUGAGAGCAAGCAGUUACAAGCUUCCAUUAUUAAAAGCCUAUGGACUGUUUGAGUUUGACCAUACUUCUUUGCUGUAGGCAUAAAUUAUCAAACAUAAGGGUGUA